CGAUAUUAGCCCAAACGGUUUGCCAGGCACGAAGAGGAGCAGGGAUGAGAGAGGAGAGCAAAAUAUCUCGGAUGUUGUACAACGUUAGCUUUGGAAAUAUCGACAAUUAACACAGCUUUUCUCACUUAAAUUGUUGUAGAAAUUCAAAAACCCCAAGCCUUAUAUAAGUUAGCUGUUAUCUGCUGAUUAUACGUAGAGUGAGAUUUGUAGGUACGCGUCCACAGAAGCCAAAUUGUAUGUGUGAAGAGCUAACUGUUAGCUGACAGGCUACCUAGCAUAGCCAUUGAUGCAAUGGCGUUGAAAAGAAUUCAGAAGGAACUGUCUGACCUGCAGAGGGACCCACCUGCUCAGUGCUCUGCUGGACCGGUUGGGGACGAUCUAUUUCACUGGCAGGCAACAAUAAUGGGUCCGAGUGACAGCCCAUAUCAGAGUGGAGUGUUUUUCCUCACCAUCCACUUCCCAACAGAUUACCCAUUCAAACCACCAAAGGUGGCAUUUACAACUAAAAUUUACCACCCAAAUAUCAACAGCAAUGGGAGUAUUUGUCUGGACAUACUGAGAUCACAAUGGUCGCCUGCACUUACCGUAUCGAAAGUAUUAUUGUCUAUCUGCUCUCUUCUUUGUGAUCCAAACCCGGACGACCCACUGGUACCAGAGAUCGCUCAUACGUACAAGGCUGACAGGGAAAAGUACAACAAAUUAGCAAGAGAUUGGACGCAGAAGUAUGCAAUGUGAGAACGCCAGGAAGAUCAAAAUACAAAUGAGAACAAAAGAAACACGUUUGAUUUGUAACUUGAGGCAAAUGAGCAACAGAGUGGGGAAAAAAACUAGACAACAUCUAUCUUUUGGAGGAGGAAGCGAUAUAGAGGUACAGUGCCACCUGGCUUUCCAUGUGCUGAGCUGCUACCAUGUGCUGUCCUUCAUGUACGGAUCUGCUGAGCAGGACCUGAUGGGCUCUUUAAAGCACUCCCAUAUGGAAUACCGGAAACACUUCACAGCCCAUACCGCCACUCUCAGACUUUAAACUGUUACUCCUGCUAUUGUGAUUAUCACUAUGAUGUUGCUAUUUAUCGUUUUCACUGUCCAUGAGUCAUAUCGUCAUGCUACUCAGACGCAAACUAUUUGAUUUCUUUAGGAGGUUGGCUCUCCCUUCAUUUCAGAGGUACUGUCUGUGUCCCACUGGAUGUCUUGUUCUUACUGUACUUCCAUGUAUUUAGUGGCCUUUCUGUGUUGUUAUUUUAUCGGUAAAUGUGCAAUUGAGGCAGAAUGUUCCCUGUUCAACAUAAAAUGGUGCGGUGCCAUUACCAGCAGCUGAUCUGUUGGCACAUACUGUCUCUACCCCCAGACAAUGUGAAAACGUUAAGAAUCAUCAGUCUCCAUCUCCCACUGCAUUUCAAAAGCGACAGUAUUAAAGGUUUGGACGACACUGGUUAGCCGCUGUUACGAGCUAGCCGGCGCCUGAGUUGUUGUUGUGCUCCAGUCCAGAGGGUGAAUGUCAACUUCUAUUUCUCUCACAUAUGCAGUCAUUGCUCUCAUAUCCCAUAUCAGUAACCACCCACAUAGUGCACAGAAUACUACUGUUGACUCGCUAAUUUAUGUGUAGCUAUGAGCGCAGCUACUCUUCGGCCAUGAGCCAAGCUGUGUGCCACCUCCUCAGUGCAGUGACUCAGGUAUCUAACCAAAUCAUCAGCCUUUACACGCAGUGACCCAUGGUGAGAAAAAUGACCAGGUCUGGUAUCAUCAGCCUGGGAGGAAGAAAACUGAUCCAAGUGUAGUGGUUUGUUCUUGGAUUACAGUCACGCUUCCCUGACGAGGCACAAUUAUCAACGACAGAUUAGCAGCCCUGAUAAAAUACUGUCUUAGAAGUUAUUCAUCAUCCCAGUCCACCUCCCGUUAAUAUCCUUUAAUUUAUUUUGAACGACAGCUUUUAAAUGAUGCGACUACUUCUCUGAUUUAAAUGGCCUUUUGUCACAGCUGGCGUCACUAGCAAUGGGAUCUCAAAAAACUGAGCUGAGUAAAUUUAAAGUCAUGUGCAACUAACUUGUUUCUUCAGGUGAACAGAUACACUAACCUGCUGUGACAAUUGAAUUAGCUCUAAAUGUCUGGUACGCUAAAGUUUAAAACCAUUUGUAUGUUCAUAUUCAUCAUCAGGUCUGCUGAAGUAUUUUGUUUUUGGACAAAUAAUCCAUUCUCCUGGGUUACACAUGCUUGAUCUUUGCAUUGUAUUUUUAAAACUGUAGUUUUAGGCCAUUAUAUAUUUUUUCCAUUGAAAUCACCCAAAUUCAAAACAUGAUUGUGAUGUUUCAUAUGUAUUAUUAGUUUUAAUAUAAUCCAUUGUGACUGAAGUAGUUAGGAAAUGCUAUAAUUUGUCUUUUUUAAUCUUGGCUGACAAUGUGCUGAUGCUGCCAAUAUAAAGGGAAUUAUCUGAUAUUUUAAAGGAGGAAUACAUUUAGUUAUUGAGGCAUUAUUGACAGGAUUUAUCCUGAAGGUCCAUAGUAAAGCAUGAAAUAUUAGAAGCUUUAAUUGUAUAAUUAACACCAUGGUUUAGGCGCCAAAUAUAGAUUUUCACCACUAUUAGCAGCUGUAGAGAAAACAAGUUGUUCUGAAACACAGUAUAAACUUAAAGGUUACGAACAUAUAUCCUCUAAAUGCAGUAAUUUUUUCUUUUUGCUGCCAGAUCAUGACUGAAAAAGGUGUGUGUAAUAGUUCUAGCUCAAACUUUGUGUGUAUUGUUGUUUGUUUAUCUGGCUAAUUUAUUUAUUUGAAAGCUGAGUAUCUUCCAAAAGUACGAUUGAAUGCAGCCUCGAUUCGUCAUGUGAGUGAUGUGACAUUGACUCCCUUUGUCCACUGUGCUCAGUAGAGUUUAUAUAGGCAGCUUGGCAUGCUUUGCACUCUGGAGAACCUCCUCACAGCCAUUUGCCAGAUAUCAGGGAUUUCGUUACAAUUCAUCUGCCUAACACCUCGGACUGAAAUUUUAGCCUUAACCCUCAUUCUGUGUAUAUGUAAAGAACGUUGUCAUAAACUGUAAAUUUGCUAUCAGGGCUGUAUCCCCCCCCCCCUCGAAUGGGUGAGUCAUGUCAUCAGCAGACACAGAAAUCUGCUUUAAGAGCACCAAUAUUUCUGUUGAAAAUUUCAGCCUGGCUUUCUUCUGAAUGCAGGACCAGCCUUCAUGCAUCCUUAAAUCUGGAAUAUGUGUGCUUGAACUGCCACCAUGAACGUCCUCACAUAGCCUACACAAAAUAACUAUUGACCUUGUCAUAACAUAUGAAUAAAGUUCAUCUUGGUUUACCAUC